AUGUCGUCGUCGUCGUCGGCGGAGCAGAUCCCAUCCCCACCCACCUACAGGUUCCGGCCUAAGAAGCGCGAGCUCGUCGAGUUCUACCUCCUCCCGCGAGCCAGUGGCCAGGACCCAUUCCCCGGCGUCAUCUUCGAGGACGACGCGGCGGGAAGCACGCUGCCCUGGGAUCUCUUCGAACGUCACGGCGUGGGGAGCGAGGAUGAGGCCUACUUCAUCGUGCGCACCAACGAAGCCAAGAAACCCGGCGCCCGCCAGGACCGCGCCUGCGAUGGUGGCGUCGGGACAUGGAAGAUGCAGAGCAGCGUUGAGAAGUCCCUGCGCGUCCGCGGCGAGAGGAUCAGGGUCCACGUCAGCAACCUCAACCUGCACAUGGGCAAGGGCAAGAACAGCGGCAGCGUGGGGUGGGUGAUGCACGAGUACAGCAUCGCCGCGCCGCCCUGCCCGUCGCUCGUCAAGAUCUGCCACAUCGCCUUCAGCGGACACGGUCGGAUGCGCAUGCGUGUGCCGGGUGGCCAACAAGUCCGCCAGAGUAGUGGUCAUGCGCGCUGCGCCACCGCGGCCAGCGGUUCAUCAGCGCUUCCUUGUUCUGGGGCGAUGCUCGAUCACGGCUCCUCGGGCGUGGCAUAUGCUUCUGGAGACGAAGAACCCUCACACCUCGUUCUGAUCGACGAUGACAACUUCCGGCAGAGCCCUCUUCUUGGCAGCAGCGACUUUCAGGGCUUCCCGUCCGCAGCGUCAGAGCAGUACACGGAGUUGGAGGCGCAGGUGCCGACUACAGAGCAGCAGGACAUCGCGGUGCCACAGUUGAUGGUCCAACAAUCUACCAUGCCAGUGGCGCAGCAGCUGUCUGCAGGAGAACUGGAGUUCUGGAGCUCGAUAGGGGUUGAUGUGCAGAGCAAUAACAGUUUUGAUCAGGAGCAGUCCACAGGGGUCCAGAGCAGCUGGGUGGUGCCCAACAACAGCGCCAUGUCAACAGGGUCCCAGAGCAGCUGGGUGGCACCCAACACCGGCGCCAUGGCAACAGGGGUCCAGAGCAGCUGGGUGGUGCCCAACAAUGGCGCCAUGGCAACAGGGGCCCAGAGCAGCUGGGUGGUACCCAACACCGGUGCCAUGGCAAUAGGGGUCCAGAGUAGCUGGGUGGUGCCCAACACCGGUGCUAUGGCAACAGGGGUCCAGAGUAGCUGGGUGGCAAGAGACCUCGAUGACUUCUGCAGAUCAAUACUGACUAAUGUGCAGACCAACUGCGCGGCACCAGACUUCGGCAACAUGGCCACCGGAACGCUGGGCGGUGGCUGCUCGUUGCUGUUUCAGACUGUCUUGAAUUACAAAUGGGACGGUAGGAUUUUUUACAAUAUCCACUCCACACCGCUCCAAAUCAUGUGCAACUGCAAGGUUUCACAUAUUCUUCCACUUAUAGCUGAUACAGCGAAGAAUGACCGCAGUGCAGUCCUCCGUGCUAGGUGCUGCGAAUAUGCACUCUUAACAUUGGAGUAUUGGGCAGAUGCUCCAGAAAUACACUGCUCAGCUGAUUUGUAUGAAGACCUAAUAAAGUCCUGUGUUGCAGAUGCAAUGAGUGAGGUCCGUGCAACGGCAAGGACUUGCUAUAGGAUGUUCACAAAAACAUGGCCUGAGCGUUCACACCGGCUUUUCAUGUCAUUUGAUCCUGCCAUACAAGGCUUAAGUACCUAA